GAUGAAGCAUACUUUGAGACCCGGCAUCUUAGCUAUCUGCGCGAUACCUGGCCGUUCCGAUCUUUGGUCGCAGAAGAGUGCCAAGGACAAGGGCUGUCCGACAGACUGCUGAUGCCUCGUUGUGAAGACUGGCCUGCUGGAUUCAUUUCAUUGACACGAGACCAAUUUGCAACAUGGUGGAUAAUCGACACUGCGAAAGGUAUCAUACAUCCGAUAGGACAAAGUUACGUAGAGCCACCAAGAGAUGAGCCUUGGCUAGUGGGGUCUGUUCCACGCGAUAUUCAAGACUACUUCGACGAAAUCUACAACGAAAUCAAAGCAUUGAAGAUGGUCUCUUGUCCAAAGGGGAAGAAAUCGUGGAACAGAACAAUCCAGCCGUACACAUGGGACGUCGGAAGCGUUGUGAGUCAAACAUUGCGGAAGCAUAGCUGGCCUGAUACUUUGGAUCGGGAUGCGUAUCUCCAGGAGCUCGAGGAAGUAUAUCCAGAAGCUUAGAACAGGGCUUCCCGUCCACUCGGACAGCAAAAAGAAAUAACAGCAAAAAAACAUACAGC